GCUGCAUGUAUGUAUGUGGAUGAUUUAGCAUUUACUACUACUAGUAACAAUGGCAGAGAAUAGAGAGGAGAUAUUGGCGAAUUUUCAGGCCUGUACAGGUAUCGAAGAUAUCGGUCUUGCCAUAUACCACCUAGAUGAGGCAAACUGGAAUUUAAUGUCGGCUAUAGGGCACGUGAUGCCGGAGGGUUCACAGACGUUUCCCUCUGAGCACGUUCAAGUAGCACCUCAACUAGAAGCAAUGCAGCCGGAUGUACAGGUAAUGGUAGAAGCAAUGCAGCCGGAUGUACAGGUAAUGGUGGAAGCAGUACAGCCGGACAUAGAGGUAGAGCACAUUGUGCCGGCACCGCUGGCGCCACCUCUCCUAGAAACGUUACAUGGACCCGUUAACUUCAUGCCGACGGCCGGACCGUCAUGGACCCCCGAGCAACGCAUGCUGGAGUUUACGGUGGAGCUGAGAGAGCGAAGGGUUCCCAUCGUACUCUUGGAUACCGAGACGGUCGGUACAAUAAAGAAAAUCUUGUCGGAACAAUUGGGUGUUCCUGUAGACAAGAUGAAUCUUCAGGGAUGGAAGAGGAAGGUAGCAGAUAAUACGGUGUUAGCAACGCUCAACCUUCCGAAAGAAACCCAAUUAUAUUGCUUGGUGCCAUGUGAUUAUGAUAUCCCAGAGAAGACAGUCAAUUUGAAUGGCGAAGACCCAGAAAUAUUGGAGCGACUAUCACGGGACUUCCGAUUGAACAUAAACGAUGGAGAUACAAAUAAACAGUACCACCUCACGUAUCCUGGAAGCAAAACCAUCUUAGAGGUGAAAACGGGAUACUAUACACUGACCAAUUUGACCGUAAGCAAACAAGUAUGGCAAGGUUGGCCCGACGAAUCGGAUAACAAUAUGACGUUAGCUGGCAGCGGCAUUAGCUUUCCUUGUCACAACUUUACCGUGACAAGAAGCAAGGCAGCAGCAGAGAAAGCGCAGGCACGUAAACAGGUGGAGGUGGACUUGACGAUGAGCGACGACAGCGAGACGGAAGACUUUCAGGAUGCGACGGAUUCGUUUCCGCUGGAAGACGACAUGUUCAUAGCGGAACCCGUGUGUUCCCGGCGCGUGCAGCCUCUGAUUCCAGAAGAAGUAGAUGAUGAUACAGAGGCUCUACAAAGUUUCUGCCGCGAGUUCGAAGCAAGAUACGGCGAAUACCAUCCAGUUUUCUUCAUAGGUUCCCUUGACGAUGCGAUCAGGGAAGCUUGCCAAGUACCAGCUAAAGAUAGGAAGCCGCUGGCCGUGUACAUCCACCACGACGCGAGUGUGUUGUCGAACGUGUUCUGCGCGGAGCGGCUGUGUGCUGAGGCCGUCGUGCACUACCUCAGCGCUCACUUUACGACGUGGGCCUGGGAUAUCUCGUGUGAAUCCAACCGCACAAAGUAUGGUUAUCAAGCAAGCUUUCCGGAGGAGCCGGACACAGACUGCACGGAGCCGACCAGCAUCAUCUCGCGUUUACGCUACGCGACGGCGAUGUCCACCAUCGAGCGACGCUUCCUAGCCAACAAUCCGCUGCAGGUUAUUUUAAAUUGGGUGGCAUCGAAAGGCUAUCCACUAGAGACGUACAAGGUUCUACAAAGCUGGCCAAGACGAGACGUUACGGAGCUCAACGCGCAGCAGUCUCUGCAGGAACUCAAGCUGUACCCGCAGGAAAUGUUGACACUUGAGGAGCGCUAGAGGUCACCCAAGACAGUCUCCCACACCCACCCUACCCCGCAUCACGGCAACCGCCGGCGACCGAGGCUGGUUUGUUC